CAGGCCUACUGGCGACCAUUACAGCGUAUUGGAGGAUUUCAGAUAUCAUUCGUUAUAGAAUAUCUAAUAGUUUAAUAUUUUUGUUAUCGAAUAUUCGGUGACAAUGCCUUCUCUGUUAUUCUGUGGCCCCAAACUGGCCGCGUGUGGAAUUGUGCUGAGCAUUUGGGGAGUUGUAAUGCUGGCGAUGCUGGGGAUCUUCUUCAGUGCAAAAUCUGCUGUGCUGAUUGAGGAUGUUCCCUUCACUGAGGAAGACAUCCGUAAUGAUAAAAAUCCACCCCAGGCGAUCUACAGUCUGUAUAACCAAGUGGCCAUUAACUGCUUCAUUGCAGCUUCCGUCUACGUUGGGGUUGGUGCGGUUUCCUUGUGCCAGGUCCGUCUAAACAAGCGCCAAGAGUACAUGGUGACAUAAGCUGAAGAUUUUAAGCAAUCCAUCAAAUCUUCCGAUUAUUUAUUUGCAGUUUAUUUAUGGAAUAGAUAAUUAUUUAUUAUAUUUGAUUAUUCCAACCAACCAACCGACAUCCUGACCAACAGAAAAACCUGUGGUGUGUUCUCAUGCAUGGUUGUAAUGAUGCACUGUUUUUUUUUUUUUUAGUUUCACAUUCCAAAAGAAGACUUUGGGGGAAGGUGGGUGGGGGAUAAAAAGCAACUGGUAGUGAUAAAUUACUGUACAUUGUAAUAUUAAACAUGGUAGUGUUGGUCUGGAUGCUUCCUUGUUUAGUAACUUGUGGCUUUUGUUUAUUGAGAGUAAAGUGCAGUAUUUAAAUCUGUGGUAUGUAACUUUAGGUAAUAAAAACACCAUUUCAACCAAUGUAA